UUUAUCGUGAUUUGCUAUGCGUUCGACGGCACACGGCACUACGGCAGUGGCAGUGCCCAGCGGUUAGCGGCGAGAGAAGAGAUGCCGCUGGCCGCCGCUGUUUCUCUCCCCUCGCCCACGCCAGGGCCGCGCGAGCCCCGCCUCCGUCGGACUCUCGAUGCCGUCCACCGACCUUCGCCGCCUCACUGCCCGCAUCGUCGACCUCCCGCCGGGCUCGCCCAGAUCAUGGAGGACGUGGAAGCAACUGCGCGGGGGCGGGUUUCGCAACACCAUCGGCAUGAACGUGGUUCUAGAGGCCUGCGUGCGCUGCGGCGACGUCGACCGCGCGCUCCGGCUCUUCGAGGAAAUCCGUGGGCCCAGGGGGUGUGGUGUCGACGGUGUCCUACGGCAUCCUGCUCAAGGUAUGCGAUUGUGGUAUCUGUUCAUGCACGCAACCUUGACACAUGCAAUUGCCAAAACUCAUUUGGUCAAUUGUUUGUUCUAACUGUUUGAGUAACGAUGGAAUUGUGGAGAUGAACUGAAGAAACAUUGUGAGUCCAACAACAGAUCUAUCCUGAACAUGCAUGAUAAGGAUGCAUAUCCAGUAAGUCCUGUUUGGCAUUGAUGGAAGAGAAAUGACACUCGUCUUUGUUUACUAAUUGUUUGCUGAGGUUGUUGUAGCAUCAGUUUGCUAGAUUUCCCACAAAUUGUUACUAAACAUUUCAUGUAAGUUGUACACACCAUGACUUAAUUCUCUGUCUGUUUUUGCCAAAACCAGUUGUAAUAUUAGUGGUCUCACCGGUCAUCCAAGCAGCAAAUUACAUUUUUGGGUGGAACAA